AGAGGGAGCCGCGCUGAUCUUCGCCUUGGCAGCCGAGAGCCCACCUGAGGCUUCAGUGGGACCCAACCCGCCUGGAUCUGCUGCCGUCCUCUGCCUGACACGUUGGGGAGGAGGAAUAAAGAGACCCCGCUCCUGGGUUCUUUGGAUCGCCCCUUCCCCCCGCUUCCUCCCUGCCCUCUCCUAAAGGCAUACAUUUGCCCAGCCCUCUCCUCCAAGCGGUGCCUGCUGGUGAAGGCUGGAGCGCUGUCCAUUUCAGCACCACGCCGCGCUGAGCGAGCCCCGAACCCCGGGUCACGACAGCUGCUCUGUGAUCAGUCCCCGGAGGGGGCCUUCGAGUAGCAGGUCCCCAGGGCGCCUGGGGGGCUGCUGCAAGGGGUGAUCUGCAUCAACAAGGAGGAAGCGAAAAAAAGACGAGAAGAGGGAAGGCACUGUUGCCGGAUUCCGUGCUCUUUUGUCUGCACUGGAGAGCUGUCGCCGGAGAAAUAUUGCUUUUUUCCACUGUUGAUUUGUUAUCGCCUCAGCGCCAUCACUACUCCUUUAGAUGCAUUGAUUUUUGUGUAUUUGUUGAUUUUUUUUUAAGUCGACCUAAAUCUUAGGAUUGCUGCAUGUUGAGCUCUUCUUAACAGCCAGCCACCUCUUGUUCCUGCCUCUACGAUUAACCCACAGAACAAUACGUGUUUUUAAAAGGCGUCAGGAUCCUCAAGAGAUUUAGUCUACUUGCUGCAGCUGGGCAGCUGGUAUUUGCCCCUCUGUCUUCAUCCCACCAUAUUGUGUGUGUGUGUGUGGUGUCUGUGAACGCCUGUUCCAUCCUCAAUCUGUUGUUGCACAUGCCUUCCUUUGCCACUAUUCCCCUUCACAUCCCUUUUGUAGGUCAAUUGUGUGCAACCAGAUUUAUUAUUUGCAACAUACAACCAAGAAAGUAGUCUUACUCCCUGAUAUUCAGACCACCUAGGUGACCAAGUCCUACAACCACUGCUAUUGGUGGGAGAGCGUGGCUAUAUUAUUAUUUUUUUGGUGGACUCCCAAACUCUUAUUUUAAAUGAUACUCUCAUAAGAGUUUUAAUUUGCCAAUACAAGGAUAUCAAGAAUCUGGAUCUGCCAUCAAUAACUUUCACUGGGACUCAUGACAUUGCAUCGCUGAGAGUGAAGGGCAUGAGAGGCCAUGACCAUUGCAUGCCCUUGACCUGGGUAGCUGUUGGCCAAAUGGAUAUGGUAUCUAGUUAUUGAUUGCAGACAAGCAGACACCCCGUAUGUUCUUGCCGUGUGCUGUGCUUGUUUAGAUGAGUCCACGACAUGCCUAAUAAGAGACGAGAUGGGCCAGGGCGAUGAGAGUGAUCGUAUUGUGAUCAACGUGGGAGGGACUAGGCAUCAGACUUACCGCAGCACCUUGCGCACCUUGCCUGGCACACGGUUGGCCUGGAUUGCCGAGCCGGAUGCCCACAGUCACUUUGACUAUGAUCCACGCACAGAUGAGUUCUUCUUUGACCGGCACCCAGGAGUCUUUGCUCAUAUAUUGAACUACUACCGCACAGGUAAGCUGCACUGCCCAGCAGAUGUAUGUGGACCUCUGUAUGAGGAGGAGCUGGCCUUCUGGGGCAUUGAUGAAACCGAUGUGGAACCCUGCUGUUGGAUGACUUAUAGGCAACACCGUGAUGCUGAAGAAGCCCUUGACAGUUUUGGAGGGGCACCUCUGGAUAGCAGUGCUGAAGAUGGAGACGCAGAUGGCACUGGUGACUCAGGGGAUGGUGAGGAGGAGCUGGAGAUGACUAAACGCCUGGCACUGAGUGAUUCCCCAGAUGGAAGGCCUGGGGGCUUCUGGAAGAGGUGGCAGCCUCGUAUCUGGGCACUUUUUGAGGAUCCGUAUUCCUCCAGAUAUGCAAGGUAUAUUGCAUUUGCCUCGCUGUUCUUCAUUCUGGUUUCCAUCACUACCUUUUGCCUCGAGACUCAUGAGAGAUUUAAUCCCAUCGUUAACAAGACAGAGAUUGAAACUGUUGGCAAUGUCACCCAGGUGCGCUUCUAUCUGGAAGCAGAGACUGAGGCUUUUUUGACCUACAUUGAAGGAGUCUGUGUCAUCUGGUUUACUUUUGAGUUCCUGAUGAGGGUUAUUUUCUGUCCAAACAAAAUGGAAUUUAUCAAAAAUACCUUGAACAUCAUCGACUUUGUGGCCAUUCUGCCUUUCUAUCUCGAGGUUGGACUCAGUGGCCUGUCUUCCAAAGCCGCUAAGGAUGUCUUGGGCUUCCUGCGUGUCGUCCGGUUUGUUAGAAUCCUACGAAUUUUCAAGCUGACCCGCCACUUUGUAGGGCUCCGGGUUUUGGGACAUACUCUUCGUGCCAGCACAAAUGAAUUCUUGCUGCUCAUCAUCUUCUUGGCAUUGGGCGUCUUAAUCUUUGCCACAAUGAUUUACUACGCUGAGAGAAUAGGUGCUAAACCCAAUGAUCCUAGUGCCAGUGAACAUACACACUUUAAAAAUAUCCCCAUUGGCUUCUGGUGGGCUGUUGUCACCAUGACUACCCUGGGCUAUGGAGACAUGUAUCCUCAGACUUGGUCAGGCAUGCUGGUGGGAGCCCUCUGUGCUCUUGCAGGUGUACUGACCAUUGCCAUGCCUGUGCCCGUCAUUGUGAACAAUUUUGGAAUGUAUUACUCCUUAGCUAUGGCUAAGCAGAAGCUACCAAAGAAAAAAAAGAAACAUAUCCCUCGGCCGCCCCAGCUGGGAUCCCCCAAUUAUUGUAAAUCUGUCAUAAACUCGCCACACCACAGUACUCAGAGCGACACUUGCCCACUUGCCCAAGAAGAAAUUUUAGAAAUUAACAGAGCAGAUUCGAAACUGAAUGGGGAGGUGGCCAAGGCGGCGCUGGCAAAUGAAGACUGUCCCCACAUAGACCAGGCUAUGUCACCUGAUGAGGGACUGCCCUUUACCCGUUCUGGCACUCGGGAGAGAUAUGGACCUUGCUUCCUCUUAUCAACCGGGGAAUAUCCCUGCCCGCCUGAUGGAGGAAUAAGAAAGGCACUCAAGUUAAAACUCCAGCACAAGCAGCAGCAUAAAUGAAUGGAAUGGCCACCACUCAUGAAGAGGGACAGGUCAUGGCUUAUCUAUGCUGCUAAACCAGCGAUGACUACAACACAAGCCUCUUAAAAUAUAUCCAAUAAGAUUAAACAGUGCACACUUGGAUAUCUGAAACAUAUGAAAAUCCAUGUGUAACUUCAGCUAAGUAUACAUAUGCCCUGAUCAUUGCAGCAUGCAUACAGAGGCUCCCAGGUGCCCAUGGAGCUUCACAUGAGCAGGGGCUGAAUGCUCAGUGGAAUGUUGCUAGUCAGUGCAGAGAAUGGAGUAGCUCCUACUCAUGCUGAGUUUGGCGGGGACUGCCUGAGUUUUGGCCUGUAGCUACAGAAUGUAAUACUGUAUAUUGACAAACUGCAAAGUCUGUAAUGGCACAGAACAGUACUCUACUGAAGCCCCAUGUUAUGAUGAAUAAUGGGGGGGGGGGGGAAUUAUAGGACAAAUGCCAAUUAUAGAAUUAGUACAUAUGCAAUUAUAAUUUGAAAAUUUAUUACUGGUAAGAAAGAGUAGGAUAACUGUACUUUCAUGUGAAAGUAUCUGCUAAAAUUGACCUUUGUAGCAAAGUGUUUUAUACCUGAUUUUGUAUUGGAUAGGUUGGCCGUUUUCAUUCAACUUGAGCCUUAUAAUGAUUCUUGCUCCUGUGCAUUGUGAAACUGCUGGAAAGUUGCACCUUUUGGGAAUGUAAAAUGUGCAGUUCCCAUAAUGCACCUCAGUAGUACCAGGCUCUGCCUGUUGACUGAAAAGUAAGGCUGCCUGAGUAAGAAAUAAUAAUGUCAGCAUAUUGUUGGCCUGUUUGAAAAAAAAACAUAGAAAGCCUCUUAAGUGUUCCAACUGAAUUUCAUUUCAUAGAUUGUGUAACUGUGUCUAUAACUUGCUGAGCUAUUUUGUGCAUGUCUAAAAACUGGCAAAGAAGGGAAAAGAAAAGAAUGCAUGCAAAAAUGCUAUAAAUUGAGUAGUAUCUCUAUAGCAACAGAAUAAAUGCCCUUUGGUUCAUGCUUUUUUAAAGUUAUAAGGCAUCUAGGGGAAGGGUCUUUUGAAUUAUAUGAUACAUACUUAGAGAGUUUGUAUAUCAUGCAGAAAACACAAACAGAAUAUUGAUGUACCUAUACUAAUUACAAGUUCUUUAGGACACUGCCUACAUUACAACAGUGUGUCUAAGUGAAAGUGUUGUCUCAACUGUUUUCUCACAUGGCCAUGUUGCAAGGGAUACUACUCUUGGCAUGUCAAAGCAUGAGGAUGCUACUGAACGAGCUACAUUGUUGACCAUUCUGUUGUUGAUCCAAUGCCAUAUUUUUGCAUUUUUUCCUUUUUAAAUAAAGGUUAUGAAAUGUCACAGAGCCUUAGCAUAGCUGGUGUAAAUGGAAAAGCAGUAGGAUUAUCCUCAAAGUCUGCACCCUACAGUUCUGCUAGCCCAACAAGACAUUCUUGGUCUCCCCUCACAUCCAUUUUGUAGCAUGGAACAGCAGCAGAGUAUGGUCUAACCAUUACCAUCAUAAUAAAAAAGAAAAAAAUUCUUUUUAAUUUGCCUAUGCAUUGUCACAUAUAAGGCAGAUGAUGAAGCUUGAAGAUGUCAUGUCUCUCAGUAGCAUCUCAUGGGAAUGGUGUUACUACAGGCGCUAGUAAUACAUUAAUUAUCCUUUGGUAGAGCUGAAAUGAUUAUAGGUGGGCAUUAGUAGCUUUGGUGUGCCAUAACACUGCAUGAUAUUGGUACAUAAGACAAUAAGGUAGAUGUACCAUGUAGUUCACUCUAAUGGUGCAUCAUACUAGUACAACCUUUUCUGGGCUACUGGUGGAUCCACUAGCUUUUAUGGAAAGGGUCAGGCUUUUAGUCUAAUGCUGAAACUUGCCAACGAUUGAAGAUUUUGCUUUUCUCAGGAUAAUUUUGAGCCAUAGGAACCCUGCAGAAGCUUGAGCAAAACACGUGCAGUAGGAUGAAACUUUGCAUGGGUGCCUACUCUAUGUUGAAAGCAAUACUCAGAUACACUGUAGAGAGGUCUCUAGCUGGCUGGCUGAGUGCAUGGGAGAAAGUACUGGUGGAGAAGAAAAUUGGCUGCCGCUGCAUGUAGCUCUUUCUAUCUUAGUUCUCCUUCCUUUAAAACACCCAGCUUGAUUUGAAAAACACAGGAAAGAAGCUCAAGUAUUGAUUAUAUUCUUUACAUGCAGAUCUUUGCAAAGAAAGGCCUGUCAUUGCUAAAUAUAUGCCAACAGAGGCAGUCAAAGUGACUUGACAUGGAGAGAAGGAGCUGGACACUGAUGGCUUAUAAACGUCUGGGUGGAACUGUGCGGGCAUAGAAGACCUCCUCAUUUGGACAAGUAAUCCAACUCCAUGCAAGUUUGCAGGAUGAUUCUGUCUGGUUUCAGAGAUAUAAGUAGAGAUGCAGGCUUUUUCUAUGGCCAAAAUGUAACAAAUGGUAGAAUAUUUUUUUGUUGUUCCAUAGCAUGAAUUGCAUGAAGAAAAACAAACAAAACAACUCUGCAAUUGUAUGAGUAACUUAAAAGGGAGGGGGGAAAGGUAAAGUGAUAUAUUUUCUUUCAAAGCUCUUUACUUUUACAUACAUUGUAGUAGCCAAAAUGUAAAUGUUCUAAAAAUGUACAUUCCUUUGCUAUUGAUUGCUUCUUUUUGUAUACAAGAGAAAAAAAAUAAUGGUUUUUAAAGUGCAAUCAGGCAGGUCAUAUUGACCAUGCCUUCAUAAAUUCAUCACACUGACAUGAAAAUCAAGAAUUUUACAUUCAACUAGAAUUGUGUAAAAUGUACAAACAGCCUUCUUUUCUUGUCUGUUUUUGUUGGCAUGCUUGUGAAACAUGGGACCACGCUUGGACCUGAUGGUAACAGCUGGUUUAGAUUUAUUUUCCAGCUCUGGUUAUGUUGUACUUUAUUGGUGUAUAGCUCCAAUGUGAAGACCCUUUAUGACAAAUUGUUCAUAUUAAGUAAUUAGUAAUGAAUUUAACAGAUGGUUUUUUAAAAAUAAAAGUAGAGACUUGCAGUACAGGAAACUGCAGAAUCAGGAAACUAUUCAAAUAUAAACUGGUCUCAGAGUUUAAGAAACAAGACAAUGGCAUUGUAUGCAAUUUAGUACUUCUGAGUAAAAUGCAUGCAAAAUGUUAUGCAAAACAAUUCUAGCAUGAAAUAAAUUUUGUAUCAUGGUUUCAAUGCCUGCUGUAUAGUAAAUCAGAACUGUUUUCUGAAAUGAUCAGAGGUUCCCAGACAUAUUUCUAAACAAGAAUAAAUAAGAUUCCCAGCAGAAAUAUGAGUGAAAACUUGCUCUUGCUCCGCUUCCAAAACUGUAGAAAUCAUGAGUGCGUAAUAAAUGAAGCCCCGAUCCCAACCUUGAUAAAUUCAUGUUUUCAGUCUUCACAGCACUAAUAAAUAUAACAAAUGGAAGCUAAACACCUAGCGUUCUGUAGGUCUGUCUCUCUUUUUCCCUUAAUAAUAAAAGUUUGGCUUUUUGGUUGAGAAUGUGAAUUCAGUUUUUCUUACUUCCAUGGUGCUAUUAAGUUUUCUCCUUCACAAUAGCAGACCACUUCCUAUGACCUAGACUGUCAAAGCUAUUCUUGUAGCUGGAGUAUUGAGGCUAAGUGCUUCUUCAAGGGUUACAAAUUCACCAUUGAAUCAGGGAGCGUAACAGAUCAGGAAGCUUUCUGCAAAACUUCCAUAACUGCUGAUGGAUGUGAGGAAGUAUGUGGACUGAGACCCUGACAACAUAAAAUUGUGAAGAAACAAGAAGGGCAAGAGCAACAGGAUCAACAGUAAACAGAAGGGUUAUCCAAUGUAAACCACAACAUCCAAUGCCUCUCAAAAGCUUCAUUCAAAAAACAGUGUGUAAUAGAAGUAUAAAGCUUUUCUGCCUUUUUCUAUUGUUAAAUAUAGACUGAUACCUGAA